UGUGCCUCCCUUCUCAGUUAGAGGGUGCAUCGCAGCGGGAACAUCUGAGUGACCACUACUGCUCUCAUAACAACGUAUUUCAAGAGGAAUCUGCGUCAGAGAUCAGUUCUCAACUGCUGUAUUGCUGGAUUAGGAAGAAUUUGUGACCAAUACAAAAAGUCUGAAAUGUGUGACCACCAAGAAAAAGAACUGAAGCACAAAAAAGCCACCAGCUCAAAAUCUAAACAAGUGAUGCAGCGUCACCAGCACCAAGUCCAUCACCAUCAUCAUUACCAUCACCGGUCUGAUGACAACACCAGUCAAGACACUCUCUCAACAGUGGACAGUGGCGAUCAUCAUCCGCACCACCAAACUCACGUGGAAAUUGACAAGAGCCAUCCUUCACACCAUCACCAUGGCCACCAUAGGCAAAAGCAUCGUAAUGUUUCUGUUUCAGAAACUUCAUAUGACUCCUCAUCUUCAACGUCUUCUUCAUCAACAUCCUCUUCCUGCUCUUCUUUUUCCUCAUCAUCUUUCUCCUCCUCCUCUUCUUCUUCUUCUUCUUCUUCUUCUUCAUUUUCUUCUUCUUCUACAUCAUCUUCCACCACUUCUAGCCUCUCUACUGGAAACAGUAGCGACUCUUCAGAUAGAUACACUCAUAGGAAGCCCCAGCACUCCCAGUCUUUCACUGACAUUUCUAGGAAACAUCAGUACUUUGAAGAAGACAAUGAUACUGCCCCUUUAAUCAGUAAAAGUGGAAGUCUAAACAGGACUUCUGCUAAAAAGAAAAAACACAUCAGAAAGACAUCCCCCAGCUGCUCUGUUAAAUCAAGCAUACAAAAUCAGCAAACAAGUACAAGAGGUUUAGGAAAUGAUGGAAACUUCCGCAAGACCAAAUCCCUGGAAGAUCUUACAGCACCCAAAGACAAAGGAGGAAAUGAAAGCAAUGAAGGAGAUGAACAGGGGCAGAGCAAAAGUGAAGCUAGAAAGAAUUUAAUGAAAGAAAAAAUGAAGUUUUCUGCCUUCCUUAAUGAGAUUACACGGCAGGUCCUCAGCCCCAUGAGACUUACCUCUCUUGGGGUCACAGAUGCUCAAAGACCCUGGAGUCCAGGACAAGUAUCUGGCAGAUCCAGGGAGACAGACAGCAGCACUGACAAACCCAGACAGCAGAGAAGCCGUGCCGCAAGUGCAGACUCAGUUUGCUCAAGCAGGCAUUCCCAUACCAGCAAGCAUUCCAAAUCCUCUCACCUGUAUAACUCUAAAGCUUCCCAUCAUCCCGGUCACCGUUCUGCAAGUCCAUCUGGUCAUCUGAAGCACAGACGUAGAAGCUGUCACUCAAGGUCCCCAGCUCGUGAGCAUCAAUCUCGAUUACCUUCUCGUAAGCGCUACCACCACCAUCAUUCCAAUAACCAUCACCAUAACCAUGAAGACUGUAACAUCCCAGGUCCUCACCAUCACCAAAGAUAUGACCAUACUACCAGUCAUCACCAUCACCAUAGACACCACAACACACCGCAUCACCAUCAGCAUGGAGACAGGUGUAAUGACCAGCAUCACUGUGCAAACCACAGUCAUAACCAUCAUGAAGAUAAAUGUAGUCCAACUCAUCAUCAUGCAGACAAUGUUAGGACAAUUCACCACCCUCACAGCCAUUCAAACUCUCGCCCCACCACUCCACAUCUGCAUAGACGUCACAGUUCGACCAGUGACAUCGGAGAUCAUCACAGUUCAGUACAUCUGCAUCAUCAUAGUGAACAUAAGGAUAGACCUCAUCACUUUCACUCCCAUAUAGAUCGUCAUCAACCGCAGAAGGACCAUUACAAUGAAACCGAUCAUGUUGACUCCCGUAGUGAAGCUAAUCGGCAUCACCAUGGAGACCCACACAACCCAGACCAUCACCACCAUGGAAAGCGUCAAGGUCCAGGCCAUCAUCAUCAUCGUCAUCACGGAGAUGACCACAGUCCAGGUCACCAUCGUCAUAGAGACCACCACAGUUCAGGUCAUCAUCAAGAUGCAGAGCACCACCAUCAUGGAGACCACCACAAUCCAGGCCACCAUCAUCAUGGAGACCAUCACCGUCCAAACCAUCAGCACAACCAAAACCACCACAUUUCAGACCACCAUCAACAUGUAGACCACCACAGUCCAGGCCAUCACCAUCAUGUAGACCACCACAGUCCAGGCCAUCACAAUCAUGUAGACCACCACAAUCCAGGCCAUGACCAUCAUCACAGUUCAGGUCAUCAUCAAGAUGCAGACCACCACCAUCAUGGCGACCACCAAAGUCCAGGCCAUCAUCACGAUGUUGACCACCACAAUCUAGGCAAUCAUCAUUGUGAAGAUCAUCACAGUCCAAGUCAUCAUCAUCAUCACCACAAAGACCACCAUGGUCUAGGCCCCCAUCACAAUGCAGACCACCACAAUUCAGACCACCAUCAUCAUGGAGACCACCACAGUCCAGGCCAUCAUCAUCACGGAGACCACCACAGUCCAGGCCAUCAUCAUCACGGAGACCACCACAGUCCAGACCAUCAUCAUCAUAGAGACCACCACAGUCCAGGCCAUCAUCAUCAUGGAGACCACCACAGUCCAAACCACCACAGUCCAGACCAUCAUCAUCAUAGAGACCACCACAAUCCAGACCACCACAGUCCAGACCAUCAUCAUCAUAGAGACCACCACAGUCCAGGCCAUCAUCAUCAUGGAGACCACCACAGUCCAGACCACCACAGUCCAGACCAUCAUCAUCAUGGAGAUCACCACAGUCCAGACCAUCAUCAUCAUGGAGACCUCCACAGUCCAGGCCAUCAUCAUGAUUCAAACCACCAUAAUUCAGACCACCAUCAUCAUAGAGACCACCACAGUCCAGGCCAUCAUCAUCAUGAUCCUCAUCAUCACCAUCAUGGAGACAAUCACAGUACAGGUCAUCAUCACCACCAAGACAACCAAAAACUUGGCCAUCAUCAUGAAGCAGACCACCACAAUUCAGACAACCAUCAUCACGGGGACAACCCAAGUCAGCCCCAUCAUCAUGGAGACCACCGCAGUCCAUCCCAUAAUCAACAUCAAGAACACCACAGUUCAGGACAUAAUUAUGAAGACUAUCACACCCCAAGUCAUCAUUCUGCAGAUCACCACAGUGUAGGUCAUCAUCAUGGAGACCAUCACAAUCCAGAUCGUCCUGGAGACCAGAACACUCCAGGCCCUAAUCAUGUACCUGAUCACAGUCGAGGCCAUCAUCAUCAUCAUGGAGACCACCACAGUCCAGAUGACUAUUACAAUUCAGGCCAUGCUCAUGGAGAGCACCACAGUUCAGGCCAUCAUGAUUAUGGAGACCAGAAGACUCAAAUCUAUCAUCAGGGAGAUGAUCACAGUCAAGGCCAUCCACAAGGAGACCACCACAGUCCAGGCCAUCAUCAUGAAGGCCACCACUCUCCAGGACAUCAUUACGAAGAUCAUCACAGCCCAGUCCAUCCUCAUGAAGACCAACACAGUCUAGGUCACCAUCAUGAAGAUCUCCAUAGUCCACGCCAUCACCAUGAAAUUCCCAGCAGUCCAAGCCAUCAACAGACAGACGACCGCAAUCCAGGCCAUAAUCAGGAAGCCUGCUGCAGUCCAGUUUACCAUCAUGAAGAUGACCGUCACAGUCCACGGCAUCAUUAUGAAGACCACUAUAUUCCAGCUAAUCAUGAUGAAGACAACCACAGUUCAAGUGAUCAACACAGAGACCACCACAGUCCAAGCAGUCAGAGUCAUGAUGUUAAAUACCAAACUACAAACCUUCACCAAGACCAUCACACUGAAUCUCAGUCAGAUAUGAGCCUAAAUAGUGACCUUGAACAUAACAUUCUUGAUGACACUCAUACUCAUUUAAAAGAGUACUCUGCUUUUAGUCCACCUUCACGAAAAAAACACGAUUGUCUUGCCAGCACUGAUUCCCGUAGUAAAACUAGUAACCCCUCUGCUCUGGAUGAAGAACGGACAAGUUUCUCCAGCCCACCCCACGUUAAAGAAAAAACACCCGAGUUUGGCAGGAUCAUGAUUCUGCAAAACCAAAAUGAAGGUCUGCAUCAAAGUUUACUGAAUACAGCGGUGAGGGUGGAGUGUUUGGGAGAAGAAUUCAUCAGCAGCCAAAAGAUCCUGGAAAAUGAACUUCAGAGGACACACAUGGAGCUCAGCAACCUCAUGGACAGGUUUAACAGGCUCCAUGAUGAUUGCUCCUCCACACAACAGACCAACAGUCUUCUAGAGCAAAAGCUUCACUCAGUGCUUCAAAGUAUGGAAGCAGAACGGGAAAGGUUGAAUCUGCGCAUCUCAGAACUGACCGAGCAACUGAGUGAUGCUCAAUAUGCCAGCACCAUGGAAGAAAUAAAUGCAACAGCAGGGCUACACAAAAUCAACCUACAUGCUCAUUCUGGUGAUGCCCUCCCUCAGAUGAUUCCUCCAAUCGCUCCCCCUCCGGCUCAGUUUAUGGACACCCAUAAUUAUGGAAAAGAAGCAACAUCUGCUGCGGAGCAGGCUUUAGGAUCGGUUCCAGAAGAGGAGGAAUCUGACUGGUCUGAGGUGGGAGAAGAGACCCCACGCCUCUUACUGAAAGGAUCAAACAGAGGUCAGGUAUGGAGACAGCAAGAAGCAGACUUUGACAAAGACAGCGAGUCAGGAAGUGAGGACCUUAUCGGAAGACACUUUCAACGCCCUCUGCAGAUACCUCAUCUUCAGUUCACCCUUCACAAUGAGUUCAUGCCAUCAUCCCAUGCCAGCACUUUACCUUCUGGCUUCAAGAAUCUGUCUGAGACCAUGCAUAGUGAGGAGAGCUACAGGAUCACCAGCACAAGUUCAAAUGUUAAGUCUGCCAUCCUGAUCCGGUCCGCGAGCCUGGAAGAAAUCCCUCUACCACGCCAUCCUGAAGAGCUCAGAGGAACAGAAGCCAUGAUGAACCUUCAUCAUUCAGCUGACGAAGCAAUUGAGGAUCUCGAUAAUGAAAUCAUUCAUCACUGGAAAAUGAGCAGUGAUAGGGACACAGUUAUCAGAAGGCUGAUGAAGAGCAGAGGACCCGAAGCAGACGGCAGCCUAGCCAGCCUGCAGUCAGCAGAGCAGUUGCUGAACCACUUCAUAUGCGACGCGCCAUUGAGUGAAGGACGGGUGAUGGGCAGGGUUGAGAUGCAUGGUUGGACUGGGGGGAUUCCAGAAGAGAUUCUGAAAGGGGAACGAACGCAGCUCUGACUGUAGACUGUGAAGGGGGAAAAAAUGCUGGAGAUGGAUUUAUUGAAUGCUUAUUGAUGACUGUUUUAUGUUAAACUGUAAAUGAACAGCUAAUGCUGUUAGAUAACUUCUAAAAGUAUAUAAUUGUGUGUUCGUAGCAUUCCAUGACAAGUGUUCCCAUCCCUUGCUCAAUAACAACCUACCUAUAAUGCAAAUUAAUCACUUAUUUUCCUUUAUUAGCAUACCUAUGUGUAUUACAGUGUUGCAUCAAACAUUUCUCCCUUAUUUAAAUUAUGCAUGAUUAAUGGAUUUGAAAUGGGUAACAAAGAUAGGGAUAAGAUAGAUAAAAUAGCAAUUGAAAAACCUUGCUGCAGCUUGGAUCUAGUCGUUAGCUCAUAUAGUGUUAAAAUAUUCGGUGGGAAACGGAAGAUGUUUAGAUUAAGUUAUCUCGGUUUUUUAUGUGUCUUCUCCAUGCUGUAUAAAAUUAUAGCCACCAUAUUAUUUGCAUGUAUACAUUUAUAGUAAUUUGUCUGUAUAUAACCUCAUUGUACUUUCUUGAAUGUGAUGUUUUAUGCUGUAAACUGUAAGUACCAAUAUUAGAUCAAGUAGCCUUGUCUCCAUGCUGACCGAAUGACUCACUUUAACCUGUUAAAAACACCCGAUCGCAACACAUUUAACUAUGUCUAUAUUGCAUCUAAUAAAGCAAAUGAGUUAGACUCAGUAUUAACUUUA